UGUGUGUGUGUUAAUGAAGGCAUUUUGAGCUAAACAAGUUGCAGUCCCUCUUGAAAGGAAACCCGAAAGAAACUUACACUCCACUCCGGAAAGUCGUAGCCCGAAAAAAGACAGAGAGAAAGAAAAAAUGAAAUGGAACAGCGGCAAGUAAACAAAAAGGGAACGAGAAAGAAAGAGGGAUGUAGAGAAUGAGGCGGCGGAGAAAGGAAAACAUUUACAAAAGAGAGUCCAUUGAACCCGCCUAGCGUUGGUGGCUACUUACGAGCCACGGCGACGGCAGCGCAGCAAUGAAGACGAAGUAUGCCAUGGAUGUUGAUGACGUCUUGAGGUUAAAUUGUCGAUCAGGGUGCCCGCGAACGACGGGAGAGGCAAGGCAAGACAAGAGACUACCAAACAAACCAAAAAGAAAAAAAUGUCAACGUCAACUUCAGUGUCGGAUGUCUGUCGAAUGUAUGUGUCUACCCCCUUCCAUGCAAUGAACAAACAUAUUAGAUGUGCUGUGCUGCGCACUUAACCAAACAUACAUACAUAAGUUACAUCUACUUAUAUACAUACAUUUUUAAGUUGAAUAAUAAUUAUAGGUCAAAGAAGUGCCAGAAACAUUCGAUCAGUAAGAGUAGACGAAAGAGAAACUGAUCAACGUAGAAGUGGAAUGCAAUCUCCCUCCCACCCACAACAAUUCAAGCAAUGGGAAGUAGGGUACAAAGCGAUCGACGUUGUCCGGUUUAUUGAUGCGCGUCCGCCCCGCUUAGUUAGUGCGAAUAUUUAUCAAUAAAUAGCAAGUAUAUGUAUACGUACAUAUGUUCAUAUAAGGCAUGCAACGGCAACAACAAAACACUACGAAUACAUAUUGUGCAAACAUUUACAUAAAUACAUACAUGCAUGCCUACAUACAUACAUACAUAAUAGGUACGUACGUUUGGCAUUCGUUGAGUUGAGUUGGUUGGCAAGCAGCGCCGCGCAGCUGACGAGCGACUACGAAACGACGAAACAAACGAUGAAGAAUAAAACGCGAAAACAACGAAACGAUGAAACUGACUGUACAUACAGUACAUAAACACACACGUACACACAAUACGUGUGCUAGCGACGAACGAGAAUGUGCGUGUGUGUGUGUGUGAGUGUUUGCUCUAUGGCCCCGGCACACGGUGGAGAGGUACAGACGCGCCUGUUGCAAAAUUCAUUCUGGCGCUCUCAUUCGUGACGAAAGGAUGUACGCCCGGCUGUAGCCCGUAUGAAUCUACAUCCGUACAUUCCUUGCGCAAGGCCCACGCUCACAGCCGUCCCCACAGCACCCACACCCUUACAGUUGGACAUGGCCAAGGAGCAAGAAUACGAGGAGCUGCGCGAGCUGCUCCAGUCAUGGGAUGUUGCCGAUCUCCUCCCACACUUGCAAGACGAAGCCAUCAACGUGGACGAACUGCAGAUGAUCAAGCGGCACCACCUGGCCGAGCUGUUGAGCAACUUUCGGUUCGGCACCCGCAUACGCUUCGAGCAUCACCUGGAACGUUGGCGACGCUGGCUGAACGUGCCCCUCCAGGGCGUUCAGGGGCAGAGUCAAACGCACUGCCAGGGCUGUCGGUGCGCGGAGUCGGCGGCACCGUCCAUUAUCUGCCAUCCCCAGAUGGGCGGGCAGUCGGACAGCGCCGGGGACAGUGGCAAGUCCGAUGAUCUCGCCAAGACCCUGCCGGCAGAGCCACUGGUCUCCCUCACUGAUCCCAGAGAGACGGUACAAGCCCCCUUUCAUAUCCCCAUGCAGCCCCAGUUGGAGCCCAGCGAGAUUCUGAGUACGACGCUAGUCACUAACGUCAAGGAGGAGGACAGCGGGGACCAGGUGACGGGUGAGGAUCGAGUUGUUACAGUGCUGGGCAUCCUGCAAGCUGGCGGGAUGAAAAGCCAGUCCCUGCUCGACCGCCUGGGUCAGCAGGAGGCCCUGGAUGCAGUGCAGCGGCUGCUGCUCAUCCAGCUGAUAUGCAGCUACUAUGAGGACAAUCAGCUCCAUCUGACGUUGCAACGCAGCCACCUGCUGGAGCGCGAGAUUCUCCAACUGUUCCCGAAGGAACAACUGCAAUACUACCGAACCGAACGGCGUGGCAAGAUAUAUGUGCGGUUCACCAACAUGAAGCGGAACAAGAGGGUUAACUCUUCCCGCCAGGAGCUGAAGCGAAGGCGCGAAGAUCUGCUCAAGCCGGCGGCCCACGUCUAUGCCACUGAUAUCGUGCACAAGGGCCAGACCUUUCCGGCCGACAACGUCUUCAGUCCCGAGAGAUCCGAUUGAAAACACCCAUAUUCCGAUCUAAGUUGAUUAUUUCUAAGCUGAAUCUAUCUCGUGUGAUACAGUGAGGGUUCUCUUGAGCGGCCACCACAGUGCCAAGAGAUUGGAUGUGUACAUAGAUUGGCACCAAAUUAUCUGGAGGUGUCCACCCAAAAGAGCUCUCCUUGUACAUAUUUAUUUCUACGUACAAUAUGUAUAUUUUUAUUUUGUAUGCUCUCUAAUCUGUAUAGGGUAUUUGCGGGUCGACCCGAUCCCGCUGACUGACGAAAUUAAAUCAAAAAUUUUGGAAAUUCGCGAGAA